UUUUUGUUGUUGAUGUUUGGAUAGAUCCAAGAUGAACAGUUCUUUAAGUCUUUAAAUUCUUUCAAGCGCUUGGCUUUAUUCAUGAGGUUUAUUUUCUCAACUUGACAACCAAGUCUUGGCGUUGGAAGUAUAAUAUCAAUUUCGUCAUUUUCAUUGGCUUUUGGAAAGAUCAUGCUAAAGCAAUCAAAUUUAUCUUUGUUAUAUAAUUCUCUUGCAUUUUUGACGUUGCCUUUGUCAGCCAAAAAAAUGUUUUUGCUAUUGUGCCAUUCAUAGACACUAUUCUUUAAUGGAAACUCGCUGUAUUCAUCAGAGACAACUCAUUG